AUGAGGAGUCCGGACGCUGAAGAGUCGGUCCGCUGCACCGUGACCUCCUGCAGCUGUGUGUGUUUCAAGUCUGGAAGUGUCCAACUGAGGACCUGCGACCGCUGCGGACACGGCUGGGUCUCACACGCGCUGGCGAAGCUCCACUUCCAGGCCCAGCCUCCCUCCAGCUGCGGCCCGGUCGAGGUGGCCCUCCCUGGGCUGGUGUUCGACCUGAGCUCCCUGGUCCUGUACGGAGCUCAGGCCGUUCCAGUUAGACUAAAGAUUCUGCUGGACCGACUCUACAGCAUCCUCACCCCAGAACAGGUGGGCCACAUCCUGCACACUCUGGGCUGGAGUUUAGGGGAUUAUGUGAGAGGCUACAUGCUGCAGCAUCCCAAUGGGAAGGUGUUGGACCGCUGGUUGACGGUGACCCCUGAAGAAGAGCUGCUCAUCCUCAAACAGUUCCUCCGAUUUGGCGAGACGCGGCCCAUCGUGGAGUUGAUGACACUCCAGUGCCUGGCAGCUGUCAAUCAUCAACUCUCUGAUCCGGAGAUAAAUCCCACCCCCAAGAGCUGCCAAUCAAACGUCAACAAGUUGGGAGUCCAUCGGAACGGUGGGAGAACUCCUGGAGUGUUCAGGAACACAAGAGAAGAUUCAGAUUUAGUCUGUCGUUUGAAUAAAAACAGUCCUGCCGCCGACCACAACGACGCCCCACCACAUUUUGAAAACUUUCCAGGUGGACCGUCUUUGCUUCUGCCUUUCCACUUCCCAAGCUCUGCCUUGCACUGUUUGGUUCCUCCCACCAAGGAGCUCGUUCCUCCCAGCAAGCUAACACAAUGCAUCCGGAAGCUCAGCGGGACCAAACUGGGCGAGAGUUAUCGCCAGGAUGAAGGAAGACGAGAGCAAGAGAACGAUCUGGUUUUCCAGCAAUCUAAAGUCGAAUGGGGUUUAAAAGUCAAAGCAGACCCUGACAAGCCAAACCAGGCCCAACCGAUAUGGCACAAUGACCAGGAGGUUGAUCUUCACAGGGUUGCGACCAAACAGGAGAACACCUCCUCAAUCUCUCCGUCCUUGAACUCCUCACUUAUCCCGACUUCUUCGCCACUCUAUCCGUCCAUUUCUUCGUCUUCCCCGAAGAUUUCCCAAAAGUUGCCGGGUCCCUCCUCCUACUCUCUGAAUCCUCUCCCAUCUUUCUCCUCCUCCUUCCUCUGUCCUCUUACCACCUCCUCCUUUUCCUCCUCCCUCCAUCCUCUCUCGUCCUCGUCCUCAUCCCUCCGUCCUCUCCCCUCCUCCCUCUGCUCGCUUCCUUCUCUUUCGCCCGCAGGAGGUAGGAAGGGAAGGGUCUGCUGUGGCGUCUGUGGGAAAAGCUUCUAUGAUAAAGGAACACUGAAGAUCCACUACAACGCCGUCCACUUGAAAAUCAAACAUCGGUGCACUGUGGCGGGCUGCACCAUGGUCUUCAGCUCGUUGCGCAGCCGGAACCGGCACAGUGCCAACCCGAACCCACGGCUGCACACAGGCACUAACAGAGAUGGAAACACCCACAGGAACACACAUACUGACCCACUAACAGGCAUUCACUCUGAAACACAGACACACAAGGACAAAAAUGCUGAAAAAGACAGUCACAGCACUGAAAGACAAAUCAGCAGCAGCAGACCUUGGCAGGAAGACGAUGAUGCACACAUGCUGGUGCGUGUACACGCCCUGAGAAACGGGUUUAGCGGGCAAAGAAAUACUUACUUUUGCCGGGAUGAUACACAAGCCAACUCUCCUCCUCCUUCUCCUCGUCCUCUGAGCCACGACACCAGCCAGAACUUCCCGCCGAGUGACUCCACAUACAGACCCAACCUGCACCCCCAGGCCCCGCCUCCUCCUCCACUCGUCCCAGCUCGCAGUGCUUCCUCCCUGGGUUCACCUCCCUCCCUCAUCCCCCUCGUUGCUCGUGCACCAGAGAAACGCUGUCGACACCUGCUCAGCCUUCACGCCGACCACACCGUAGUACCUGCUCCACUCCCUAGCCCCGCCCCCAUCACCAACAGCCAGCCAGUGUCAUGUGACUGUGAUGUCACGGAGGGGAAACGAGAAGAGACUCGCAGCAGCCCUCUGACCGGCCGGCAGUGGCAGUGGGAGUCAGGCGACCCCGUGCCGAAGAAGAAGCCCAGGAAGUCGAGCAUGCCAGUGAAAAUAGAGAGAGAGAAGGUGGAGGGGCCGAGAGAAGAGGCAGAAGUGUCGAAUGUUGAUAAGAAAUCAAUUGAAGCCAGAGUUUAA